AUGGACCAGGCUUCUCUUUUCCAAGCUAUCGAACGGGAGUCGGAAGAGGAAGUCAGGAACCUUCUGAGCGGCGGUGCAUCAGCCAAUGCUGAGACAUUGGAUGGAUACUCUGCCAUUCAUCAGGCUGCGAAAGCAGGCAAUGUCUAUGUGGGUCGAAUUCUGAUCGGAUAUGGAGCCAACAUACAUGCUACAACGACGCGCGGAGAGACACCGCUCUACAUAGCGGCUAGACAAGGACAUGCUGCCUUUGUACGAUUGCUCAAGCAAAAGGGGGGAGAAAUCGACACUCCCACUCGGGAAGGCUGGUCGCCACUACAUGCCGCAUGCUACUUUCAUCAGGUCUCUGUCGUGGAAGAGUUGCUCCAUGAGUGUGAGGGCCGCAUCGAUAUCGAAAGACAACUCAAAGAUGGCGGUUGGACUCCGUUGCACAAGGUUGUCAGUCGAGGGUUUCUGGAUAUUGUAACGAUGCUUCUUGAUCAUGGAGCCGAUCCGGGUGCACAAGCCGAGAAUGGUUGGACUCCAUUGUACAUUGCAGCUCGGAAGGGCUUUGAUGACUUGGUACGCCUCCUUGCACAACGUGGAGGUAAAGCGAGUGUAAUGGACGGCCAGAAUAAGCUUGGAUGGAGUCCCCUGCACGCAGCAGUUUGCCAUAGACAGAGGAGUGUGGUAGCAACACUGGUCGAAAUUGACCCAGAGGUGCUCGCCACGAGAACGAAAGACGUGGGUUGGACAGCAUUGCAUAUGGCUUCGAGCCUCGGGUAUGCAGAGAUUGUGUCUGAGCUGCUCGGCCGUGGUGCAGAUAUCGAAGCACGAACGCUGAACAAUGAAUCAACGCCGCUCUAUCUGGCUGCGAGAGAAGGGCAUGUCGACGUGCUGCGAGUUCUCGCUCAAGAGGGUGCCGACGUUGGGGUGAGGAUCAAGAACAAAUGGUCUCCACUUCAUGCUGCCUCAUACUUUGGACGAAAAGCGGCCUUGGAAUUCCUGCUUCGCUCGGGUGCACCUCGAGAGGCCAAGCUUGCUGAAGGACGCACGGCCUUGCACAAGGCAGCUGAAGCAGGCUUUGCCGACAUUGCCGACAUCCUGCUGGACUAUGGAGCCCAUGUCAAUGCUCGAGAUGAUUCGUACGAGACGCCACUUCAUAUUGCUGCAGCAUACAAUCAGAAGUAUGUCGUUCGUUUGCUACUGACCAGGGAUGCCGAUACAGAAGUGGAAAGCAAGAAGCAGGUGAGGCCUUUGGGAACCGCAAUUGCAAAAGGCCACAAAGACUGCAUCGCUUUAUUGCAGAAUACUUUGUUGGAUCCCACCCAUACGUCUUUGGGAAGUGGUAUCCAAUUUCUGGCCUCAGGACGAGAGAGCCCAGAGACAUGGCUCAACAUCAUUGACAUGAUCAACAAGAAUUUGGCCAGUCCGACAGAGGCAGAUAAUGGAUAUCAGCAACCUCAAGUACCACAAUUGCCUGAACCUUCAGAAAAAGCCGAGCUCCAGCCGAUUAAGAUCGCCGUUCUCGACACUGGUUGCUGCACGGACGGAUUAUGGUUUAGUGCCUUUCCUGAGGAAGUCUCGCGCAUGAAUAAUGCUGCCCAUUGGUGCGACUUUGCGGGGAAGAAGCUGCUACCGGUGGAUGACGAUGGUCAUGGUACUGCUGUGGUGACGUUGUUGCUUCGCAUAGCACGGAAUGCCGAGAUCUUUGUAGGUCGUGUCGCUGAGAAAAGCACUGACCUUCCCAGCUGCACAGAGAAUGUUGCCAAGGCAAUCAAACACGCUGUCAACGUGUGGAAAGCCGACAUCAUAUCCAUGUCAUUUGGGUUCCGCACCGACCAGCCCUCUAUCAAGCAUGAGAUCAGCACGGCCAUACGUGAAAGAAAGGACAGGAUUCUGUUCUUCGCCUCUGCUGGCAACAGAGGAGCGAACGAGGAAGAACUCUAUCCAGCGUCCUCUCGUCAUGUCAUAUCCGUCCGAGCCACUGACCAUGUAGGCACCUUUGUCGGCGACUACAAUCCUGCACCGUCGCCACACUCCUCCACCGAGGAGACACCGUUGUUCGGCACAUUGGGCGUCAAAGUGCCCUACGAUUAUCCAGCCAUGAAGGUCAUGUCUGGCUGCUCCAUCGCAACACCAAUCAUGGCUGGCAUGACCGCCCUCCUCAUGCAAUAUGCAGCGCGGCAUGGUGCCAAGGAAUCGAGCCAAGAAUAUCUUCGUCAAAGGGAGGGUCUCCUCUGGUUGCUUAAGCAUCGAGGUGUGAGACAGAGUAAUCGACGGACUUAUAUCCACUUAGAGGCACUUCUAAGAGAAGACCCUGUUUCUUGGGUCAAUGAGUUGGAUACCUUGAUGAAGAAAUUGGAAAAUUGGUUGUAG